AUGGCCAAUCAAGAGGCCAUGAAGACCAUUGCCGAGCUUGGUUACAAUGACGUGACAGAGGUUCUCGAGAUGGAUGACGAGGAGGUGGCACAGCGUAUAGAGACCAUUGCGACAGAUGCCGUGCGAGCCAUCAUGGGUGGCCAAGGCAUCAAUUAUGUCAUGCCGAGCCGAGCCAACAACAAUCAAAAAUACAUUCCAGAGUUGGACCGCAUCGUUCUUUUGAAUGCCGUCAAGACGCGUGCCUUUGACAGCCUCUCCAGUGUGCGCAAGACAGCCAUCAUGACCCGUGUGUUUCAGCUGAUCCACCAGGUGGUGCGCAAGCGCAUUCACGUCACCAAGCGCGACUUGUUUUACACGGACGUCAAGCUCUUUACCAAGCAGGAAGAGGUGGGCUGUUUCAUUGCUGCUCAACGCCUGUACGUCUGGCCAGCAGCCAACUUGCUUGCCUCACGCGUUCUGCCAUGGCUCCGCCUGGUCCCUCAGUCCGAUGCCGUGCUGGACGAUGUGGCCUGCAUGGUUGGCUGUACCCGUACCUCACUCAACGUGGUAGCUUCGGACAAGGGUGUGGUGGUCGGCUGCGUCACAUUUUUGGAGGAUGGUGAUUUUAUCGACUGUACGAGGAUGGGUGUGGGCGGCAAGGCCAUCCCAUCGCUGGUAAAUAAAAUCACAGAUAUCAAGGGGACCGCACAAUUUGUUCUUUUGGUGGAAAAAGAAGCUGCCUUCAUGCGGCUGGCGGAGGAUCGUUUUUACCAACGAUACCCUUGUGUCAUUGUGACGGGCAAGGGCCAGCCUGACGUGGGCACGCGCCAGUUUGUACGCGCCGUGAAGGAUGCUCUGAAUGUGCCCAUUCUGGGGCUCUUUGAUUCUGACCCGUACGGUCUCAAGAUUCUCUCCGUCUACAUGAGCUCGUCCAAGAACAUGUCAUACGACAGUGCGUCGCUGACGUGUCCCGAUAUCAAGUGGUUGGGCUUGCGACCGACUGAUCUCGAUCGCUACAAGAUACCCGAACAGUGCCGGCUCCCGAUGACAGCCGAGGACAUUGAGACGGGCCGUCGACUGCUGCAGGCCGACUUUAUCACCAAGAAUGAGGCAUGGGUGAAGGAGUUGCGGUUAAUGUUGGAUACCAAGGUCAAGGCGGAAAUUCAGGCGCUGAGCAACUUUGGCUUUCAGUAUCUGACCGAAGUGUAUCUUCCGCAAAAGUUGGAACGAGGUGAUUGGAUUUGAGGCCCUGGCUGAUCCGAGAUGGCUCAAGCCCGGGAACGAACGCAAGAACAGCGAUUGUUUUCGAGCAUACUGAUCCACCGUGCCUUGGGCGUAUGGUGUAUGACUGGAUCUGAUUUUACAUUGUUAUCAUUGAUGUGUUUUAAUUUACAAGCGGUCGGCAGCUCUGCUGGCGCCCCCGAGUUGUGGGUG